CGGUAGAUGGCAGUAAACGCAAUUUUAAGCUGAUACUCGCUCUGUGAAUCAUCAUAGAAGAAGCUGUUCGCGUAGUCGAGCUCUACAGUAGUUUAUCAAAAUUCACCACAGUUUUUGGUUUACUGAUAUCAUUUAAAAGACUUACUCUUGACAACAGCUUGUCAAAAUGGCAACAGACUGGAUUGGUAGCCUUGUUUCAAUCCACUGUGGACCAACACUAGGAGUGUAUCAAGGAGAAGUGUCUUCAGUAGAUCAGACCAGCCAAACCAUCUCGCUCAGACAUCCCUUUCACAAUGGAGUCAAGUGCACUGUGCCUGAGGUCACCUUCAGUGCCAUGGACAUCAAAGAUCUCAAAAUCCUGGAGAUUCCCAAGAACCUCAACGAAGUCUCAAAGCAGAAUGGCCCAGAUUCAAACUCCACGUUGACCGCACAUGGUGGACGAAAGGACAAGGGUGGAGGUGUCCCAGUCAACAGUGUUCCUGUGACAGUACCUAAUAAAACUGAGCCUAAACCACAGGAAGGGGGAAUCUCUCCAUUGCCAAACUAUUCUAAAAGUUAUGGUGAACGUCACAUGGACAUGACUCUCCAAAGUAAAGGUUUUAGACGAAGACACAACUCCUGGUCAUCUAGUAGAGCUCCAAAUCUGGCCACACCCAAAAAGAACGGGCUGAAGAACGGAGGUCAUAUGAAAAAUAAAGACGAUGAAUGUUUUGGAGACGCUAUAGAUGAUGUUCCCGAUGAGGACUUUGAUUUUGAAGGAAACCUUGCUCUGUUCGACAAAGCUGCAGUGUUUUCUCAAAUCGAGUCUUCAGAGUCGAGGCGAGGCAAUGGGGCGAGAUCCCGAGGAACGCCUGGGGAGCAGACGCCAUCACGGUAUCGUCACGACGAGAACAUUUUGGAAGCCAAGCCCGUCGUUUAUAGACAGAUCACAGUACCACAGCCUGGCACAAAAGAGUAUAGCACUGAUUCAGGGCUGGUGGUGCCCAGCAUCUCUUUUGAGUUGCACAAGCGUUUGUUAGCCGCAGCAGAAAGCCACGGUCUAUCUCUGGAACGUAGGCUGGAGAUGACAGGCGUAUGUGCAAGUCAGAUGGCCCUCACGUUACUUGGAGGCCCAAACAGACUUACCCCAAAGAACGUGCACCAGCGGCCCACUGUGGCCCUGCUUUGUGGACCACAUGUCCAGGGAGCUCAGGGCAUCAGCUGCGGACGCCACUUGGCCAAUCACGAAGUAGAGGUCAUCCUUUUCCUGCCAAACUUUGUCAAGAUGUUGGAGGCCAUUACCAGUGAGCUGACCCUCUUUGGAAAGACAGGGGGCAAAGUGGUUUCGAAUGUGAAAGACUUACCCGAAACACCGGUCGACCUGGUCAUAAACUGCCUGGACUCUCACGAAAACGGGUUCUUGAGAGAGCAACCCUGGUACAAGGCCGCAGCCGACUGGGCCAACCAGAACCGAGCCCCUGUGCUCAGCAUCGACCCUCCAGUAAGCGGACAGGCCCAUGCCGUGGAAGCUAAGUGGUCGCUUUCGCUCGGUCUCCCCCUGCCGUUGUCAGAGGGGGCUGGCCGGGUCUACCUGUGUGACAUUGGCAUUCCCCGGCAGGUGUUCCAGGAAGUGGGAAUCAAAUACCACUCCCCCUUCGGCUGUAAGUUUGUCAUCCCGCUGCACUCCGAAUGAACCUUUGACCUUUUCGUAAUCAGGUUGAUGGUCAACCAAUCAAAACCUGCCUUAAAGAUUUGCGAAUGAAUGGGAGACUGGACAUUUGGACUAAUGAGCUACUGCGUUUGUGAACCUAUCAAAGGGAAGUAAUGGGAUGAAUAGCUCUUGCAACAUCUCUGUUACAUUAAAAAUAGAAGAAAUCACCUGUUUACCUGCUGUCUUUGCAUUUAACAGUCUUACGGUAAUCCUUCAGAUGACUGUUUUAAUUUGGGUUUUCAUAAUCCAUUAUUGUGCAGUAGUCAAAAACUGCUCCUUGGGUCACGCUUACUGGGACUUCAGUCAGUUUCUCAUUACUACUUUGUUUACUUUUAGCAUUUCAAGUAGAAGAUUUAGUUUUUAUGUUCUAUUCGGAUGUGCUGAUGUAUUCUGACUUUUAUUUUUCCUAGAGAAAUGUCAGAAUUUGCAUUAGAUGGGAUUUUCCCCCUCUGUUCCUGCAAGAGUGAUCAAAGUCAGUGUUGAAGCACUGACAUUAAGGCAGUUUAUAGCAUGCAGGUGUUAAAACAAAGCAUUUGCUUUGACCAUUGACCAAACCCAGUGUGCUGUAAAUAUAUCAAAGAUUGACUGGGUUCUUAUCAGUGAUAUAAGAUUGCACACUUGAAUUGUAUGAAAGGGAAGCGUAUUAUAAAAGCAGUCUGUGACAUUACAUGGUAUUGGACCAAUACUGACCAAUUUUAAGCAGUCAUUGACCGAUACCUUUAAAGACUACCAAUAAUAUUGUGCAUUUGUACUCGGCACAGAUUUUCUACUGGCAAUAGCUUGUUAAACUUUGCUGUGCUUUACCUCAUUUUCAUUUGUUCUCAAUGAGACCCGGAUUACCGUCCUAUUCUGGUUUUUCCUUCUCGAUGCUCAUAUAAUAAGCAGUUUAUCGAAAUCCGUUUUUUAGAGGAUUUCGUAUGUUGGUGUUGUCUUGUUUGGUUACAUCAAACAGGGAUUUUUUAUUAGAAGAGAUACUCCACCCAUUGCUAUGAAUCUGCUUGGUGAAAUGGAUUUAUUAUUUUAAUCUAGGUGCGCACAAGCCCAUUAAAAAGUCGCUGUUGCAUCUAAGAAAUUGAAAGUUGUUAUAUGCUGCACAAUUCAGUAUGUUUGGGUAAUGAAUGAUGCGUUAUUGUUAUCAAAAGACAAAGAAGUAAAAAUGUUUGUUUAAACCAGCAGUUUGCCACAUGCCUUCGAAGAUAUAUGAGAGGCACUUACAAUUCUAAAAUAUACUCUUAUUUUGGAUAUAAAAUAUGCAUUUGGGAUAAUAAUGAACUUUUAGUAUAGUUUACAAAUAUGUCUUUGUUUCUCUGUAUAACUUGUUGACAGCAAAACAAAUCAGGUACUUUCAUCAGACUAUAAAGCUUUUUACUAGAAUCUGUUUUUAUUUUGCUUUUUGCAACGUCUGUCAAAUUUCACUUGAUAUUUCCUAUUCCUCCUCCUGUAUACAAUUGAGGACGUUUUUCUUUGUCUUUCUUUUUAUAAUUCACCUGUUUUUACUGAUGUCAUCUCAUCUUUCUUAAUUUCAUGUUUUCAGUAAGGCUUGCACUCCAAUGUUCAUAAGCCAUGGUCAUCGUUUUGUUGUUUUUCCUUUAAAGCCAUACGUGUUAACCCCAAAAGUGACUGUACUGGUCAAAUUUUUUGUUCUUGUAAACCUGACACAUCAGCUGGUCACAGUUGCGGGAAAUUUUGAAAUGUGAAAUUUUGUUGUUUUUUUGUCAUGUUUAAGUGUGACUGUAAGGUCAUUGUGUGACGCUGUCUUCGAUGGCAGCUAGUGAGCCAUUUGGCUACUUGAAUUUAUCUUUGGAGCUUAAAAUGAAGAUUGAAUGAAUCAAGGUGAUUAUUAACAGCAUUAAUAUGUUUAUUUACUGUAUAACAAGUUGAUGGUGGUAAUAAGAUUGCACUGUCCGUGUUUUUGAGAACACUGCAUUGUAAAGGUCCAUGAUCUGUCAUCUUAGUAGAUGUAUGUUUAAUACACUGCAGUUACUGGGCAAAUACAGCACUGAAAGAGUAUAAAAUGGUGCCAAAAUAUUCAGAUUUAACCAUGGCAUGAUAGACUUGUACUUAAUGGGAAGUUUAAAAAUAUUACUGCUGUACAAGCUUUUAUGUUUAGUUGCAUUUAAUUUCAAAAGAAAACUUAUAUGCUUAAAUUUUUCUUUAACAGCUGUAAAGCCCCCUAAAGAUACACAGGCAUCUGUUAUAAGUCAUUCCUCUAGUCAACAUUACAGAGGGAAUUUUGUUUCUGAAGUUACUAACCAAGCUAUUAGGAUGUUAAGUUUUUCAAACAUUAUCUAAUGCAGCUCAUUUAUGAUGCAUUUGAAUACGUUUUUGGUUCAGUUUUGAAGGUUUCAAGCUACUUUACCGUUUCUUUCAGCUUGUUUCCGUUUUUGCUUUUAUCCUUCACAAAAGCAUGAGGUAAAGGUUGCUUUACGUUGCGCAAUGUUAUCAGUUAACUUUGCACCUGUUAUAAAAGGCGAGACGUGAUUCAGUAAACAACUACUGUUUGACUUGUUUUGAACAACGACGUUUUUAACACAAUUGUGGAUUGUUGACAUAUUUGUUCAGUAUAGUUAUGACAUCACUGGCAACCUUACAUGCUAAAAAGUGUCAACCGUGAAGCGUAAGGACUGAAUAAAGAGAAUGGAAAUGACA